AUGCCUGGACCGGAACUCAAGCUGCCGCUGGUCCUCCUUAUCGCCCACAACGGCCCCGCCGCCCACCACGGCCUCGGCUCUGCCCCUCUCCCCCUCCCGCUUUCCCCCUCGGACUGCUCGAUCUACCUGUUCCACCAGAACCACUAUGUUGAUCCCUCACCCUCACCCUCGCCCUCACCCUCACUGACACUCACCCUUGCCACGCUUCUCACUGCGCUGCAUCCGCACCUACACACGCCGAUCACCGUGGACUACUACAACACCACGCCGAGCCACUCCGUGCGGCGCCAGUGCAUCCUUUUGGAGAGCUCGCGCUAG